AUGCCCCAGUUAAUCCCCUCCCCUUGACUCGCAUACCUAUUAUUUUCCUGAGUGGUCUUCUCAGUAAUUGUUCUUCCAAAAGUGUUAACACACACCUUCCCGGAAGCCCCGGCCCCCCAGACCAAACAAGCACCACAAACAGAGCCCUGAAACUGACUAUGACAUUAA